AUGCCAGUCGUAGACGACGUCGCAAGCGACGUUGCUCGACUCUUCACGAAAGGUUACGAAGGAGGUGAUUUGAUUACUUGGCUGGGAACUUAUCGAACUACAGCGAUCGAACCGAUCGAACCAAUCCCUACCUCCAUCGACAAGUAUAUUGACAGCCUCGUGUAUGGUUUAUGGCGUAAUGAGAAGACCCCUGCAUUACAAUCUGAAGACAAUGCGAAAUUGGUCGUUAAGGCUUUGGAGGAGAAGAAUCUUGCCGCUGCAUUUAAUAAUAAAUUAGGUGGUGAGAGAAUUGUUAAAACGUUUAAGGCGCUGCUGAACGACGAGAAUCUCGCUGAAACGCUUCAAAAUGUGAUCAAUAACAAGUACCUAGUGUGGAUACUCAAAGAGAGUUUGAAGCGUAACGAUCUGCUGUACCCUAAAUCGUGUCUGACAGAAGGUUAUGAAACGCUGAAGCCUAGUAAAGUUGAUGUUAUGAAUGUGCUCCAAAUGUUGGUCAUGGAUAAUGAGAAUUCGCAGUUGAUCAAAGCAACUUUGGAGAUUGCUGUCGAUCUUAAGAUGCUGGGAAAAGCUUUUGAAGGAGCAAGACGUUUAAACUCGGUUGAGGAUAUGCUAGGUAGGACGGAAUUGGAUACGGUAGAGUCGCUCAACGCGAUUUUCGACGAUCAGGAGAAAGUGCAAUUGCUUAGAGAGGCUGUCAGGUAUGAAGAUCAUUUCAAAAAAUUUAGAUUGGUUUUGGACGACAAGAAAAGGUUUUCAAGACACAAAAAGGAACUAGCUGAUGAGAAAUGGGCGGAGAAGUUCGAUGCGUUGCUAGAGGAUAUGAAUCUAGUGUUUUUUCUCAGAGUGGCUAUCAAGGAUGAUGGUCGUGCGAAGUUGUUUCGAGCGGCUUUGGAGAGAUCGAUACUUGAGGAAGAUAAGCAGCUGCAUUGGCUUAAAGAGGCUGUUUCGGAAGAUUUUGGUGGGAAUUUUAAAGUUGCUUUGGAUUUGAGAGACAGAAAGUUGCUGGUUGAAGAGAUAGUGAAGUAUCUCGAGCCUCUUGUAGAGGAUGAAAGACGACGUAAGAAACUCCGUCUCAAUGUCUAA